ACAAUGAGUUUGAGAAGGUACUUCUGGCUGAUGUCAUUCCCCCCAGUGAUAUUGGGGUGACAUUUGAUGAUAUCGGUGCACUUGAAAGUGUCAAGGAUACAUUAAAAGAUCUGAUCAUGCUUCCAUUACAAAGACCAGAACUGUUCUCCGAGAGUCAACUAACCAAGCCCUGCAAAGGAAUACUUUUGUUUGGUCCUCCUGGAACUGGGAAAACAAUGCUGGCAAAAGCCGUUGCCACUGAAGCGGGAGCAAAUUUUAUUAAUAUUUCAAUGUCAAGUAUCAGUUCAAAGUGGUCUGGCGAGGGUGAGAAAUGCAUAAAAGUUGUCUUCUCGCUGGCUAGUAAAAUUGCUCCUAGCAUUAUUUUUGUAGAUGAAGUAUGCUUCCUUAGACGUUAGCAUGCUUCCAUAGUAUGCUGGGAAGAAGGGAAAAUCCAGAAGAACAUCAGGCAAUGCGCAAAUUGAAAAAUGAAUUCAUGCUGAAUUGGGAUGGGUUACGCACAAAGGAUACUGAACGAGUUCUGGUACUUGCAGCAACAAACAGGCCAUUUGACCUUGAUGAAGCUGUUAUAAGGCGACUGCC